AUGUAUAUGUAUGUGUAUGUGUAUAUGCUUGAAGCCAGGAAAAAUACAAAUCCAAUGGUGCCCCUUGUUUGCGUUCGAAAAUCUCCUGGGGAUGCAGAACCGUCAAAACCUUGUUUCCUUGAUAUCUCUCCUGUUCAUUCCUUCCGUGUUUCUGCUGUUCCUGCGAAUAGAGCAAAAGGACAAAGUCUUGACCGUUAUCACGACAUACGCCCCGAUGCCGUUGGUGGAACCACACGCCGCUGUAACCACAGUGCGCUUUGGGAACACCCAGCGCCCAGCCCAGGUUCGCGAAGCCAGACGCGGAAUGGAUUCUCAGAAUGCAUCGAACAGCGCGCUGCUGCGAUAAAAGCCAAAAUCGAGCUUUUUGUGGGUGAGCGAGCAAAAAAGAAACGACGUGGGCCAGAUUGCUGUUUGGUUUCGACGGGCCGUCGCGAUCCCGCGUUCCGUUGCCGAGAGUCCGCUGCGCGACGCGCAGCGGACGAGAAGGGGAUAAGCCAGAACAGAUAA